UCAUUGUGGCAACUCAGUUUGGUCAAUACAGUAUUGUGGAGCUAUUGUUACAGCAGAAGCAAAUCGAUGUUAACCAUUUCAGAUAACUCUGGAUAUACUGCACUUGAUUAUGCUUGUCAAAUGGGAUACACAGAUCUAGUCAAACUUUUACUAAAGUUAAAAGAUCAGAUUCAUGUUAUUGAUCAGCCACUCUUGCUAGCCAGUAAACAUGGGCACCUUUCUGUUAUCAAGCUAUUGUAUUCUUGUUUCGAAAUUUCUGAGCAUGACAAACUCAGGGCCACUUUAUUUGCUGGUUCAUCUGAUGUAUUUCACUGGCUUGGUGUGCAAUGUGGCAUUGAUGUUACACUUACCGUUGAAGAUAUUAAAAUUUCUCUAAAAAAUAAUUUGGCUGGUACUCUGUGUCUACCAAGUCUUGGUCGUUCAGUUCAAAUGGGUAUGCUUUAUGACUGCCGCAGUGAUUGUCUUAUUCCAGAAAUAACACUGUGGGAUAAUGCAACACUUAAAGCUGUUGUCACUUCAAUACCACAACCAAGCUCUUUCUUUCAAGUUGUUUCUGAAGAUAAAAUUUCUAAAAAAAUGUCUAACCUUGGAGUUGAAGCUAAUUUAUCAUUGAGUGUGCUGAGCGGCUUGGUGAAAAUAUCUGGAGCAGCAGAAUAUAUCAAUGAUAUACAAUCCUCUAGAAAUGACAACCGUGUCACUCUUGAGUACAAUUAUACUUCAGAAUUUCAGCAUUUAGCAUUGAAGCAGUUAGCAACAUCAAAAAUACAGCAUUUUGAUGUUUUUGAGAGGCAAAUGGCAACUCAUGUAGUAACAGGUGUGCUAUAUGGGGCAGAAGCAUUUUUUAUCUUUGACAGAGAAGUACAGAGCAAUGAGAAUCAUUGUGAUGUACAUAAAAAGAUGGAAGUUUUAGUCAAGGCAAUUCCAGGUAUUGAUCUAAUUAAAGGAAAUGCAGCAUUAAAUGACCAAGACAAAAAGGAGGCAAAUAAGUUACGAUGCAAGCUUUAUGGUGACCUACAACACACCAGCCCCCAUACUUUUGAAGAUGUUGUAAAAUUAUAUAAGGAAUUACCAUUGGGUUUUAUAAGUAGAGGGACUAUUGUUCCUAAGAAGUUCUGGUUGUACCCUUUAAGUAAAUUUGAAAGCAAAGCUGCACAUAUGGUGAAAGAAAUUAGUAUCAGUCUUGUCAUGCAAGUGCAAAAAGCGAUUGAUGUUUAUAACGAAUUGGAAAUCAGAAGUCAUGAUCUCAUCAACACUGAAGUUUGUGAUAAGUUUAGCAGUUUGAAUAAGCAAGCGUUAUGGUUUCAGGAAAUGAUUAAAGAGCAUAAGGCAGACUUUAUGAAAAGGCUGACAGCAAUAUUACCAUUGAUUCGAGGAGGAUUGGAAGAAGAGCAAGUGCUAGCCACACUGCUGGAGCACAUACACCAAUCACCUUUCAACACAGGCUCGCUAGAACAAUGGAUAGCAAGCAAAGAAGAAGAAAUCAAAGUCAUUAUUGAAUAUUUGGAUGUAAUGAAAAAAACCCAAGGAAUUAAAUUUGUAUUUGGUGCUGGGGAUUAUCAAGCUGCUCUUAGUAAUGCAAGCUAUGAUCAUGUUCUUAGUUUUGAGUUUAAAGUUGUAAAAGAUGAUGAUUACUUUCUUCAGAAUAUGUCUUCAUUUUUAUGCAACAGAGCUCAAUCUACUUUCAAGUCACACGUGCAGCCAUGGUUUAAAAGUAGUUCUAUAGUUGGAGAUUUAAGUGUCAAAUCAAAGCAAUUUACCAGUUUUGUUAAUGCAAACAUUGAUAAUAAAAAAGUUAUGUUCAUAGUGACUGCAGGUUCCACUCAUUCCACUGAAGCUGAUGACAGUGCAGGAGCAACUAUAAUGCACUAUGAAUUUGGAACUUCAGUUGGUCAUCAGUUCGAUCCUCCUACUCAACCAGUAGGGAAGCCUGAAGCUACUAUUUUAGAACACAAGAAUAGUGUUCACUUACAAUGGAAGGCACCCAAAUAUGGCUCAAGUAUUGACAACUAUAAAGUUAUCUACUGUAGUGAAUCAGGUGACAGUUGGGCAGCGUACCAGAUCACAAAAGGAAACGAAACAACUCUUAUGAUCAAUGACUUAAAGCCUGAAACAUGCCACAUCUUUAAAGUUUGUGCUGAAACAAAGCUUGGCCACAGUGAAUAUAGUGAAGUAAGUAAUACUGUUAAAACAAAGUCGCUUCUUGAUCUGAACCUUCAAAACAUAAUAGCUGCUUCUGAUGUCAUCUCAUCACAUCAGCCACCACCAACAGUUUAUAAGUUAAAAACAAGGCCUGCCAAGCUGCAGAAAUACAGAAAUAUUGAGUUUGGUAUGCCAAGUAAUUCAAAUAAGCCAACUAGAGUAUUGUUGCUUUUUGGGGCUGCAGGAGCUGGCAAAACAACACUAAUCAAUGGAAUAGUUAACUACUAUCUUGGUGUAACCCUUGAACACAAGUUCCGCUUUAAGCUAAUUCAUGAUGAUGAAUACUCACAGACACAGGAAAUUACUGCAUGCACCUUAUACUGGCAAGAAUGCUCACCAAUUAAUUGCAAUUUAACCAUCAUCAAUACACCAGGAUUUAGUGAUGAUACUCAUGGUCUAGAAAGAAAUAAAAUCUACAGAAAGCUCAUUCAAGGGUUUUUUGCCGAUUAUUUUGAUGAAUUACAUGCUGUUUGUUUUGUUAUACAAGCAUCAUUUGCAAAUUUAUCUCCAAAUCAAAUUUUUUUCUUUGAAACUAUUCUUUCAAUUUUUGGGAAAGACAUCAAAAAUAACUUUUUUUUUAUGCUCACAUUUGCUGAUAGUCUUGAUCCUCCAGUUAUGGAAGCUGUAAGGGAAGCUACUAUUCCUCAUGCUGAUUUCUUUUCAUUCAAUAAUUCUGCACUUUUUGUUGACCCAAAAAAGUCAAAUUUUGCUAGCAUUUUUUGGCACAUGAGCCAUGCUAGCUUCACCAGGUUUUUUAUUCAGAUUGAACAGGCAAGUUCUGUUAGUCUUCAACUAACACAACAAGUUUUUGAAGAGCACAAAACACUUGAAGCUAUUGUUUGUGGUUUUAAACACCAAAUCAAUGUUGGGCUUUCUAAAGUUGCUGAACUAAAAGAAUAUGAAGAAAUCCUUUGCAGCAUAGAAGAAACGAUCAAGGCAAAUCAAGAUUUUACAUAUGUCGUAGCUAUCAUAAAACAAAAAACGAUUGAUUUACCUUUAGGCAAGUUUGACACCAAUUGUAUCAAUUGUAGCACUACUUGUCAUAGCGAUUGUCCAUAUUCUAAUAAUGAAGACUUAUGGAAAUGUCCUGCGAUGGAUGAUGGAGGUGAAAGCAAUGCAUGCUGUAAGGUAUGUCCUGGCAGAUGCAGCUGGAGGAAGCACUUCAAUAAUGGUUAUAGAUUUGAAUUUUAUGAAGAGAAAGAGACAAGAACACUUCAAGAACUUCUGGAGCGAUACAAUGAAGCUAAAUCAAAAAAAUAUAAAUUGCAGAUUUCAAUUGAAACAAUGGAGCGAGAGCUACAGCAACUACUACAUGAACUUUUGGUUGAUAUACGUAAAGUUCAUGAUUGCAUGAAACAACUAAAUGAAAUAUCUCUUUACCCAAAUCAAACCACUGAUGUUGACCUACUCAUCAAGUCUGAGUUACAACAAAGAAGACCUGGAUGGCAGAAAUGUGUGGAGAGUUACAAUAUAGUUCGUCUACAGGAUAAGCUUUCUAAAUUUAAAGAUUUUGAAGAAAUCGAAAAACAAGAUAUUAAAUCCCAGUGGAAAAAAAUUUAUGCAUUUUUUAGUGAUAGUCAACAGAAAUAAGAAAAAUGAAAAUAAAUUUACAAUACAAAAAAACUUUUGAAGAUUUUUUGUCUUAAUUACAUAAACUUCAUUUGCUUUUUGUUAGAUGCAUAAUUUAGAUCUUGUGUCUGCAUGAUGCGUAUAAAAUUACAAAUACAUUAACAUUAAAUGUACAUGCAAACUUAAUUUAGUCAGUUUUGUAAUUUAAUUUGUAUUUUUAGUUCAUCGUUGACCUUAGUUUCAAUGGU